AUGCCUCAGCAAGGGCGAAAGCCCCCCCAGAUACCCACCAACUCCUCAGCGAGGAUCAAGCCCCCUCAAGCACCCCCACCCAUUGGAGCUCUGCUGCUGGAGCACUGCAGGAUCACCAAAGAGGAGGAGAACGUCUUCUCCAUCAGUUUCAUCGAGGAGCCAGAGAGGAAAUACUGCUUCGAGUGUGCCAGUGAGGAGCAGUGCCAGGAGUGGGUCGAGGCCCUCAAACGAGCCAGCUACGAGUUCCUGAGGAGGAGCCUGAUCUUCUACCGGAAUGAGAUCCAGAAGAUGACAGGGAAGGACCCCCUGGAGCAGUACGGGAUCUCGGAGGAAGCCCGUUUCCAGCUGGGAAAACGCCAGCAGGAAUUCCCUCACCUGGGCUGAACUGGCUCCUGAGUCCUGAGCAGGCUCCCCAGGGCCACCCCAACCCCUGGGAAGGACAGCAGAGCCCCACAGUGACCAAGGGACUCUUUUAUUUAUUACCUAAAUCAUUUUUUAUUCUUUUUUUUUUAAAGGGAAUUCCUUGUACAUUCCCACUUUCCCAGCUGUGGAGGCUGAACUGCUCCCUUGGGGUGGGAGCAGAACCCUCUGGCCCCUGGGGUGAGCAGAGGCAGGGGCUGACAGAGCUCCCAGCACCCAAUGUCCUCCAGGGCCUGGAGCUGCUGGAGCUCCAGCCCUUCUCCUGCUCCUCCCUGUCCCUCUCCUGAAGGAGCUGCAGCUUUCCUGGCUCAGGAUCUUCCCUCAAUCUCCAGGGAGCCCUUGGGGCUGUAAGAGGAUGCUGUGAUCACAUCUCUGUGCUCCAGGGUUAACCCCCUCCUGUCCUGCCCUCUCCUGCUCCUGCAGAGCCAUUCUGGGGAGCUGAGCUGGUGAGCAGGGAGGACUGGGAAUGCUCCCAGUAACACUGGGAAUGCUCAGCCACAGCUCCAGCUGCCGGGCAGGAGCCAUCUGCUCCCCUGUGCCGAGGCAGCAGCUCUGGGCAGCCACUGGCACUUGCCUUUGGGGGUUUUCUUCUCCCUUCCCUGGGCAGGUGUUGUGAUUCCUGGGGGCUGGAGGGAGCCUUCACUCCAGCCCAGCCGAGGGAACAAAGGGAACAGUCGGGAACAGGGACAGGGAGGGAUCCCUGUGGGCUCCUGCCCCUCUGCAGAGCUGUGGGCUGAGCUCUGAUCCAGCUUUCCAGGGAGGAAAGGCAGAUGGAGAGGUUGGCAGAGGCAGGAGCUGCUCCCUCUGGCUGCAGGUUUGGGCUGCAGGGGGUGAGUUCAGCUGGGCAGGAACCCUCCAGGCCCUGAGCCAGGGCUGCAGCCUCUCCCCCCUUCGGGAGCAUCCAAAGGGACAGACCAAACACUGUGCCAGGGCUGCCAGGGAACCAAGGCUGCCUCCCUGGGGCUCUGGGAAGGAGGAGAGAAGGGUUUAGGAACAACAUCCCCACCCCACCAGCCAUGGCU